CGCUGCAUGGAGAGGAUAAGGAGCAGCCGGGCCAAGCUGCUGGACCGCUACCGCCAGGCCGGGGAGAGAGUGUGCGGCCCGGCCGCGGGCACGCUGUUGGUGCGGGCGGGGGUGGAGCAGGACGCUAUGGUAGAGGACCCUGAUGAGCUAGCAGUACUGGAAGAGAUCCAACAAGAAUUGAUCAUGCAAGAACAGUCUGUUAUAGAAGAGUACGAGCGAAGAAUGCAGUUUGAUGAAGAAUGUCUCAUGGCGAUGCUGGAUGGCUUGGAUGCCAGCGACAAGGUCAUCUGCCCAGUGUGUAGAAAGAACAACCUGACUGUAAGAAGUCACUCAGUGCUUUGCCAGUGUGGGUUAUACAUCAGCACACAGGGUAUGACAGAAGAAAAGCUUCGGUUGCUUCUAGAAAACACUGUCACAGAGCACAGUCUCAGGUGCUGGCACAACCCAGAGUUCACAGUUACCAGCGGAAUGGAGGAGGAAGCCAGUCUCCUCAUGAGCUGUCCGGUCUGUGACUCCUGGACAAUUCUCCUCUAA